AGAAUGUAAACGCUCCUUAGUCGAGUAUUAUCUACCGAGAAGAGUGGAGGUGUCCCGCUCCGAGUGUUGCCUCGUGGUGCCAUGUGCUGGGUUCGAGUCGUGCACGGAUAGUAGUGUGACCCUUUCGAGUAAUUCGGAGCAUUCGGGAAGUGCAGAUGUUACUGGAGGCGACGAAGUGGUCAUUCGAGACACCAGUGAGCGACUGUGAUUUCGAUUUUGUGGGCCGGGGUAUUUUUGGCAGUUCUGGGCCAGGGGGCAACCCGCACCAAGGACUUGAUGCCCGUGUUUUUAUCGUGAAUAUACUCAUUUCAUAAUUGCUUGAGUGAUGUGAACGUAUCUGACAUGGAAAAUCACUGAUUUAUAAAUAAUUUUUUCACGCCUAGUUUAACAGCUGUCAAAUGGACUUUGCCAAAAUGAUCGUAGCCUCAGCAGUGAAGUAGCCAUUAUCGCCCGGGCUACAAGAGGGGGGCAUUCCGCCCGAAAUUACUAGGGUUUGUAUCCGAAACCUUUAUCAGGGUUAACCUAUAUAACCCUUUAGGGAUAAAACGAAACAAACCUUUAGUGGGUUUUAUAAUCCCUUAGGGAUACAACCAAAAAAGCCAUCUCAAUUUUAAUAAAGGACAUUACAAAGCAACCGAAAAUGGGAAGUUCAGUUGUAGGUGGGACCUUAGAAACCCAACUUCUGACGCUCUUGGACAAAUUGGAGAGUCUUCGCCCCGACCCCAACCCGCCCCCUCGGCCUCCCAUGAUAGCAGAAGUGCGGACCUUAGAGUUAUGGAGGGCCGUGAUAGCAGAAUGCCUGGCCACCGUGUUCUACGUGUUUUUGGUGUGCGGGGCAUAUAGCCCCUGGACGGGGAAGACGCCCACGCCCGAAGGGCAGCUGACAAUUGCCCUGGUUGCUGGUUUGGGCAUGGCCAUACUCGUUCACAGCUUUGGGCAGGUGUCCGGAGGUCACGUCAACCCAGCCGUCACGGUGACCCUGGCAGUGACACGCCGAGUGUCCCCCCUGAGGGCGGCCAUGUUCAUUUUGGCGCAGCUGGGGGGAGGAAUCGCCGGGGCAGCUCUUCUCUAUGGAACGACAUCGGGCUACACCGGCGACCUAGGAGCGACGAUGGUGUCCCAAGCGAUCACUCCCUGGCAGGGACUGGGCCUCGAAUUCCUGCUGACCUUCAUCGUGGUGUUCGUGGUCUUCGCCUCCGUCAACCCCUACAAGAGGAACUUGGGCAAUCCGGCGAUGGCUAUCGGCAUCGCUUACCUGUCUUGUACCCUCGUUGGGCUUCCGUUGACUGGGGCCAGCAUGAAUCCCGCACGUUCUCUGGGUCCUGCCUUCGUUAAGAACAAAUGGGAUGCCCACUGGGUUUACUGGGUUGCACCUCUCUUGGGAGGAAUUACAGCUGGUUUGAUCUACGAAUACAUCUUCAAUCCUCACCGGCUCCCAAGAUCGAGGAAGGAUUCAAUAGAUGGAGAUUCUUCAAGUGUUGGGAGUGAUGAGGAUGCCUAUGAUGAAUGCUCCAAGCCUCCACCUCGUUAUAAUUAUAAUGCACUGCGUGCCCAACACUACUCAGAUCAGUACCGCCCAGCUAACUCGUCCAAUACCACCUCUCCUUUAGGUUAUCCUACUAGUAUGUAUGGAGGACAUACAGGAGCUCCUACUGUAUAUAAUGCUGCAACCUUCAAAUAUGAUAACGAGUAUAUUACGAAUAAAGACGACAUUUAUUCUGGCUCCAAGAGUAUGUAUGCAAAAUCUCCUCCCUUGCCCAGAGCUUCUUCACUGAGUCGAUCCCAGUCUGUCUACACCAAACCACCACCUCCGAGGAUCGAUAACUACUCGAGAAAUCUGACUCAAUCCCAUAGUUUGUGUAAUAAAGUAGCAAGUGGUUUUACAGCCCUCUCUCACACUGACAGUAUCUACAAGAACAACCCUCGUCAAGACACUCUCUACAUGACUAGUAAAUCUGGAAUAGUAAAGCCUGAACCUGUUUAUGGGACUGCUACCUCCAACCGUCAGCAUGAUUCUGGAGACUCCAACUACUCAACAUAUCGAGGCUCUGCAAGUUAUAGUUCAUCAAGGUCAUCUAAUCCUGGCCCCCCACCAGUACCUAUGAGCAGGUCACGAGCUGAUAACACUACUCCAAACUCUGCACAUUCAGGUCUUAUUACUCCUAAUUCUGUAGCCUCCUGUUAUUCACCCAACCCACAGUAUUAAGAGGAAAUUUAUCUGCAUCAUAUUUUGCAGCACAGGGUUUCGGUUAUGAAGUAGAGGGCUACAAAGAUAAAAUGAUGUACAUCAGUACAAAAUUUUCUAAAAGUUGGCAAGGUAAGGCCGACUUCUCUUGUUAGGUUUAUUGCCAUUACAUAAAGUAGAUAUAUUUUUAUUUUUUGUCUAGUGUUGCAAAAUCACUGUUGCAUAGGACUGGACUCCUUAUGCAUUGUUAACUAAUUGAUGAUUACAGCAAUACAAAAUGUUUCCAGUAAAUUUACCUCGAGAAUUUUUCCAAGCUUCACUUAAAAUUUCAUGACUGGUCCUGCUGAACUAAACAAUGUGUGAUACAUUGCAAAUUUUAAAAAGUUCAGUUAUUUAUUUUUUAAAACUGCAGUAAAUACUGUUGAUGAUAAAAUCAUAUAAUCUAUUAUUGUUAUCUCAUACACUAUUGUAUGAUACCUUUAUGUCUUUGAUGUUUAGAGACCACUGCUGGUCAAAAAAAAAUAUAUAAGCAACAACUUUGCAUUUUCAUACAAAAUUUGGUAGGACAGCAUUUUUAUAAAUCAGUAUUUUACUAAGAUAUAAUCAUUUUUAUUAUGGUAAAGUUUGUAAGAAAAUGCAGAUUGUAAAUUGUAGGCUGUAGUUAGUCAAGUGAAAAUGUGGCUCAAAGAACACUGUAGUUCAUACAGCAUAAAGUUUUGUAUGUCAUUUAUUUUUUUUAAUGAAAAGUUGGGUGAAUAAUGAACUCCUAGCCAUCACUAUUAAAUCAUCUAUAAUUUAACUUUCUGCAGUUUAAACAAAUUGAAUUGUAUAUAUGUUUUGUACAGGAACCAUCUAGUUCACAAAAAUCAAAAUGCACAUAGCUUUUUAUGUUGAUAGUAACAUUGGAACAAAUUUCAGAAAAAAAAUUAAUCCCACCUAAAGCUACACAAAAAUUAAAAUACGUCAAUAAAAGAGCAGUUUGUAGUUUUCGUAUUACUAUGUACGUAUUAAUAUUAAGUCUUGAACUGGAUAAGAUAUUACCCAAGUAAAGAACACAAAAUGUAAAUUGUCAAAGCACAAUCAUCGAGUAUGAAUAUUCACACUCCUUGUGAAAACAAAGUACAGGUGAAGCACAUGCAGAACAACAUUGCCCACUCUUUAGUUUGGUAGCUUUUGUUAAAAAAGCGAUGGUACCUUAAUGAGAGAAGGGUUUUUGUUGCUCUAAGGUAGGGCUGAAGUGAGGUAGGUACACUUCUGCAGCAAGGAAAGUGUUAGGAAAUACGAAUGCCACUGAAGACUUAAGAAUAGCAAGGAUUUGAAAAUACUUGUACGGUGCAACAAUGUUGAGAAGUAGCUGAAUAUUUCAUUAACUAAAUACAAAUGUGGUAACAUUUGAGAGUAGUAUUGUAUUUUUGUCUGUUAAUUUUAUUCCUUUAUGGAACUUAAAGUUUUACAAAGUUAGAAUCCAUGAUGGCAAGUAUAUUGCUUACUGAUUUUUGAAUUAUUCUUUUCUUUGAGAAUAUGCCUACUUUUGGUUCCUGGUACACUUCAUAACUCAAAGCCAAAGUUUGGUCAAAAUUGUAACUAGUAUAAUUAAACCCCUUAUUUAUGAAAUUUUGUCAAGCUUCGUUUGUGUAUUGUAUUACGUGUAAGUAAAGUAUUUUCAUGUGCCACAUGACAGAUGUUUUAACAUGUUACCUUUAAUAAAGAGCUGAGAUUGUACCUCUACAGCAAGGGUGUGACAUAUGUUCCUAAGAUUUUCGGUAAAAAGAUAAAUAGCAAUAUGUAUGUCUAUUAUGUAUGAAUCAGUAAUUUACAUAUAGCCUUUACAUUAAAGAAAUAACAGCUCCUUUAGUAACUUUUGGUGAAAAAUAUGUUUAUCCAAAGCUAAGUUCAUAAUACUGUAAUAACUGGAACUUUAAAGAGAUGGAAGAAAUUAUGGUUGUUAUUGGGACCAAAAAUUAGUAAAAAUGCUACAGUGCAUAACUAUUUUAAUAUCAGUAUGGUAAUGUUAGUUUAUAUUUUGGACUUUGAAACGGUUUGGUAUUAAUUCUGAAUUUUUAGUUACAAUUACAUUUCAGUGUAAAAUGUAAAAUUUCGUGCUAUGUAGUACUUCUACAGGUGAGCAGUUCACAGGCAUCUCUCAAAAAAGAAAAAAUAUAUGGAAAUAGAGUAAAACUAUUCAGUACUUGCAUGUCAGUUUCCUCUUCUGUGAUAUAUUUGAGAGUUAUUUCUACACAUGUUCAUUUCCUCCAUGGAGAUAUAAUUAUGGUUUGAUGAUUUUGCUUCACACUUGAGCUUGUAAGUUAAAAUGUCAAGUUUCCCAAUACUGCAUGAUCAUUAUCAAAGCUUGGAGUAUUAUAUAAACAUUUAUUUCUAUAACUCGAUGGCAUCAAUAAAUUAGAUUAAGGUAUAUUUUACUUAUGUUAUGCCAUGCCCUUUGGUCAGGUUGACAUGAUCGUUACAUACAUUGAACUAGUAUAACCAUUUUCCUUUCAAGUCUGGUUAAUUAUUUGAUGUUCAGUUUACAAAGUACAUAAUACACAUCUUUCACAGCUAAGGCACCCAAUACUACCAACAGAUCUUGGAGAAUUGUGCAUACAUUGCACUGAUUUUGCAAAGGACUACUGUUUGCAUGGCUAUGUGGUCUCUAUCCUGUGUAUUAAUAAGCCUCAUUGAUCUGGCUGAUUGUUUAUCAAUGUAUCUAGUUGCUAAGCCCUGCUGUCUUGUUGCAUGGGUCAUGUAAAUAGUCGUGUUAUAUUUUAGUAUGAAAUAAAAUUAUAAAACCAAAAUAAAUAUACUA